UUCACAUUUAAAAUGGGAUGGACUUUCGGAAGUGGACCAGGAUGUUCUAAUAGUAAGAUUGGACAGUUUGUUAACGAUACAUUUAUAGGUGAUAAAAUCUGGAAAUGUGAUCAAGGUUGUAAUGUGGCAAAGAAGCCAGUCGGUACUGUUUUCUAUUAUUGUACCGGCGCCAAUGAAGUAGGUAGUGAUGCUGAAAAAUGGGAACAAGGAGAAAGUCGUUUUCAAGAGACAUUCAUUGGAAAUGGACCUUUUAUUAUAAGUUAUACUGGAGCGAUGUGGAUGAAUUUAGAUUUUGGUAAUCCAAAUGGAUGGAAUCUUCAAACAACAAUAGAUCUCAGAGUUAGAGACGAUAUAAACUCUACAAAUUCCAGUCCAAUAACUGCCAGUAAACCACUAUAUACAUUACAGUUUUCUUGUUACCACGAGCUGAAACUUCCAAUGUAUGAUCCCGAUGGUGAUCUGGUUAAAUGUAGAUGGGCCAUUGGUAGAGAAUGUGAAAGUGUGUGUCAUGCCUUGCCAUCUUCGAGUCUAGACGAGGACACUUGCACGUUAAAGUUCAACACUUCUACUGGAAGUAACUACAUAAAUGACGGUUGGUAUGCUGUAGCACUCACGAUUGAGGACUUUCCUACGAAAACGAUACACGUUGGCAAUGAACAAUUCAAUGAGACAAAACCUAUGUCAACAGUUCCAUUACAGUUUCUUAUUCAUCUGGUGGGGAAAAAUUCACCGUGCAAUUGGAAACCAGAAUUUGUCUCGCCUACUCCUCUUGCGGGAACAAAAAUCAGCAUAUCGGCUGGGAAAUCAUUUACACAGAAGAUAUACGCAGCAAACUUGGCAAAUAAAAAAGAAACCGUGACCAAACUUAGUCUAACCAGGCCUGCAGGAAUGGUUUUGAAAGGUCCGACAAACGUUCCAAAAAGAGCUGGAGUCGUUUUCUGGGAAUUGUCAUGGACACCGACAGUAAAUGACAAAGGGAAUCACAUUGUAUGUGGCAUGGCUGAAGACAGCACAGGGCAUACAAGUGACAUGAGAUGCAUAACACUGAUAGCCUGGGAUGCAACAGAUCCUUGCAACCCAAACCCGUGCAAUAAAAAUCAAUCGUGUUCAAGAAUUGGGUCAUCAUUAAAAAUAGAAUGUGUUUGUCCGAAGAAGACGAGAUUGAUUGGACAAGUAUGCAUCGCAGGUAAUGAGUUUUUCAAUAAAAAAAUAAAAAAGUAA